AUGCAUGCGGAAGGAGCAAGUUUGCGCGUCGAAACGUUUUUCGAAGAAUUUUUUCAAAGAUAUAUCUUGAUAUAUCAGAUAGUUUUAACUUUUUUUGUUAUUUUUACAUUUUGAAAAUGUUUUCAUUCAUUUGAAUCAGUUUUACUUUCUUGAGGGAAAUGGAAUAAGUGAAUUAAUAUUUCUUUCGAAAAAAACCAAGGCUUUUUUUGCUUCACCCAUGGAAUCCUGGCUUUUGGUGUGAGCCCUUUCUGUUUUUUUUUUAAAGUAAAAACCUUAAGUUAACCUUGAAAGAAAACACUGCUUCAAAAUUUAUUUUCAAAACGAUCGUUUCUCGAAUAUAACCUUGAAAUUUUUUUCUAAUAAAUUGCAAAGUCUUCAGAGCGAUCCAGAGAGCAUAAGAAGGGUGUGACCAUCAACUUAUCUUACGCAACCGACGUCGACACUUCUGGAAAAGAGAUGUCGCCGAUGAGACCUAUCCAGUUCUGCGUGUGUCAACCGACCGCCGUCUACCCAACAAGUGACAACUUUUAGCUUCUUAUCUCCGUCGCCGAACGCCGCUUGUCCGUUUUUAUACCCUAUCCGAUGUUUUCUUUGUUUCUUCUUCAAUUUCUCGCAUCAAUUCAUGACAGGUGUCAUCUGAUAACGUCUGUGCGAGAUUUCACGGUGGCGUUUUUUUAAAAAUAAAAUGGAAACCUCAAAAUAAAAAUUAAUUUUUUGGACCUUUUUUUCUAGUUUGGAAGAGAUUGAAUGCGUUUAUUUACUAAUUGUAUCAUCACAAGACGGAAAUUUUUCGCACAUAGUGAAGGACCUACAUAGAGAUUUUGAAAAAUUUGUAAAGAAUUCGAGGACUUUAAUGACCUCACUUUUCAGUAACUUUUAAGGCUAUGAUUAAGUGUGAAGCUUCAUCUUUCACAUGUCUGCACGGAACUUGUACGCGAAAUUUAUAAAACUUGGUAAAUUUCUGUCAUCAAGAAGCCGUUUUGAUUACCCAUUGUGUCCGGUAGAUUUUGGACCAAAUUGCCUUUCAAGAUUUUUAACCGUUUAUCUUCCUCUUUUCAUCAUUGAUGUCUUUUCAUGCCGACUCCGGCCUAUUUUAAGGCAAUUAAACGAAGUUUCAGGAGAAUGUCGCAGAACCCGAUUUUCUUCUUUUUUGUCACCUUCUGUGUAUCGACUGCGAUUGAUGCUCGGUCGUCCUCGAAAUGUCAGGACACAGAUAUGAACUGUCCAGUUUGGGUGGGCUUUUCGAAAAUUUUUGUGAAAAUAGGACUUGUUUAAUUUUAAAAAAAUAACUUUUUUUUUUCCAAUUUUUCAAGGAAAAAACAAACGGAAAAAAUGUCUUCAAAUCUAAAUAAUUUUUUUUCCUCGUUGCUUGACAUUCUGCGUUUCAAUCUGCAAUUUUAGACCAUCUUCUCCCUUUUUUUCUUAGCCCUACAUCCGUUUUUCAAGGUAGCAUCGAACAAAACGGAUUGCGACUUUGGUGAACUUGUGGUCAAACAUUGCGUCAAGUCUUGUCAGACUUGUGGGCCUGUCGUGGAACCUCGUGAGUUCAUUUUGAUUGAGUUUCGAAACACAAGAAAAGGAUGUUUUGGAGAAAAGAUCAAUCUUUGUUAGCACGGGGACGUUGAUCAUCUUUCCGAUUAACGCAUCCAUCUUUUUUUGUGACACGGAACAAGUGGGAAUUUUACGUCAUCUGAAUGAUUACCUUUGAUCUUGAUAAGACAAAUCCUUGGUCCUUACUUUAUGAAAAGAUGUUUAGAAAAAUCCAAUGGUAAAUAAAAAAGUGGGUUUAUGGGCCCUUAUGGGGGCUUAGAUACGUUUUUUUUUUAGGAAAUCAUAACUUACUAGAAAAUAAACACGCAAAGUAACUAUAAAAUAUCUAGUGUAGUGUGAUUUUUAAAUUCAAGACUGAAAAGUCGUUCAAGAGACCUUUAUAAGGCUUCACCAAAAAAAGUUCAUAUGAAAAAAGAGAACACCAUGCGUUUUUUUAAAUUCGUAGCUUUUAUAACUUUUCAUUUCAGAAUAUGACGUCAGAAGGUUACCGCCCAAUCUGAAGUCUGUGGCUUGGCUUGUGGGAAGAUGGCGCUCUGAAUUUGGUGGCAAGGUAAUUUUGAUUUUCGAUACUACGAAAAAAAAUUUCCAAUUGUUUCAACUUUUCAUCUUGAGGCUUUCUUUCCAACGAUCCCCAAAUUCACGUACGGCGAACAGUUAGACAUUUCAAUAGGCGAAGUCUCAAUGGGCGCUCCUCUCUUGAAUUACACGUGAGUUGAAGUUUUUCAAGACAGACGUUCGAAACAUUUUGGAUCACUUUCGCUAUUUUUAAUAGGAAAAAUAAUUUUUAAGAGCUUUCGCAUGGGACAUAAGCAUGCCAGAAGGCGAUCCGAUCGAGAUUCACUCGGAAAAUGGCUACAUUUCUGUGCGUAACGACGAAAAAAACGGCGUCGACGUCGUUUCACUGAACACCGCAAUGAGCAAUGGUCAGAGAUAAAACUAAACUUUGAAAUCAAAAAGGUUCGCAUUUCAAGGCUUCAUGACGAUCGAGGAGGGCGAGUCGGGCCCAAAUCAAAUAAAAUUCAAACUACAGAGCAUAGGAAGAAUCAGCUUUUCACAUGAUUCGGCGGUACGAUUGGUGAGUUCAAAGCUGAAUUUUUAAUGAUAUAUGGAGAAAAAGAAAAAGCAUUUUUUGAGCCGACAAAGACGCUUAUAGGUUUCAGACAUGAAAAAUGAGUCGGAUUGGCUAAAAGUUUCACAGAUACUUUUCAUUUUCCUGGGCUAGAAAAGUGCGUAUUCAUUAAAAGUUCCCUUUUCGGACUUACUUCUCCGUGCUUACCUUUCAAGCCGAGACUUGAGCUCGUUUGCUCAGGACGUUUUUUUCAUGCUUAAUGAUACUGCGCUUUUUGAGAACAGAUCAUCUUUUAUAAUGUUUCUAGUGCUGCAGAUGUUCCGCGAGUGGACGCUUCUUGACGAGAGCCAUUUGGAAGCCCGCCUUCUCAUGACCACUACAAUCACGCGACGGCUCAUGGAGCACACGGCCAUCAUUUAUAAAAAGAUUUACCCUUGA